UGCCUAAAAUAUUUAGAAAAAUGUCUACUCAAUCAGCAAAAGAGAGACCUGAGAGUUUGCAUUUCCCAUUCCUGGAUGACGAAGACACCAUCUCCACACUCAAAGAAUCCAAAACCCUUUUCAUCCUCCGGGGCCUGCCUGGCAGCGGGAAGUCCACCCUGGCCCAGGCCAUCCAUGAUCGGUACAAAGACGCCUGCAAGGUCAUCUCUGUUGAUCACUAUAAAAUUACACCAUUAAUAAGAAGCUCCAUUCCUGAAGAGUACUCCAAGGUGGAUGAGGAUCUAGUUGACUAUUGCAAACGGGAGAUCAGCGUCAUCGUUUUGGAUGACACUCACCACGAGCGGGAACGGCUGGACCAGCUCUUUGACAUUGCUGACAAGUACCGGUACAAAGUCAUCUUCGCCGAGCCCAAAACCCCGUGGCGCUUGGAUUGUCCCCAGCUAAAGGACAAGAAUCAAUGGAAACUAUCUGUGGAAGAGCUGAAGAAGAUGAAGCCAAGCUUGGAGAAAGAAUUCCUCCCCAUGUAUUUUGGGUGGUUUUUGAGCAAAAGAAGUUCGGAGAUCCUGAGGAAGGCUGGCCAGGCAUUCUUGGAUGAGCUUGGGAGUCUCAAAGCCUUCAAAAAGGAGAGCAAAUACUUUCUUUCUGCUACCGAGGAUCCCAAAAUAAAAAUAGAUCUUACCAGCUACUUUGUGAAGAGGCCACCUGGGGUCCUGCACUGCACCACGAAAUACACUGAGUUUGGAAAAGCAGCUGGAGCUGAGGAAUAUGCACAGCAGGAAGCCGUGAAGGCUUCCUACGGUAAAGGCUUCACGCUCUCCAUCUCGGCGCUGUUCAUCACCACAAAGACUGUCGGGGCUCGCAUCGAGCUGAGCGAGCAGCAGCUGCUGCUCUGGCCCGGGGAUGCCGACAAGAUCCUGCCCACGGACAACCUCCCGCGGGGCAGCCGGGCCCACAUCACCCUCGGCUGCGCCAACGGCGUCGAAGCCGUCCAGACCGGGCUCGACCUGCUGGAGUUUGUGAAGCUGGAAAAAGUGGGGAACAAAGGGGAGCAAGUGGGGGAAAUUGGAGGAGGGAAACUGCUGUAUUUUGAUAAUGGUAUGUGGAUGCUUGUCCUGGCUAAAAAGAUUGAUGUGAGGGCGAUAUUCUCGGGAUACUAUGGGAAGGGAAAACUCGUGCCAACGCAGAGCACCAACAAACGGGGCUCUGCCUUUAGCUCCUGCACCAUCAUCUAG